AUGACCAUCCCCGUCUCCACAAUAGCCUCUUUCCGAACGGCCUACAACCCCUUCUCGCGCGCCGCAAGGCCCUGCCGUCUCUUCCUUAGCAUGCUCCGGACCCCCGAUACCAUUCCCACCAGCAGCCCAACCCACAUUGAUAUCCAGGUGAAGCAACUGCCGCGCACCUCGACCGAGUCGCCUACCAUGACUGUUGGAUUCAAGGGCGGCAAGGAACUCACGCUGGACGUUGGAAAGCGCGGACUUAAGAUUGGCGAUAUUAUUGAAGAGGUUUCUCGCGUGGGCAGAGCUUUGCAGCGUGAGGCUAGUUUGAAGAACUAG